AUGGACAACACCGUGUCGCAGUUCCUGGGCAAGGCCGUGCCCGCCGUCCCGUUCUUCCUCGGCCUGAUGGGCGCCGGCAUGGGCAUCUACAGCCUGACCUCGCCCUACGAGGCCAUCCGCGGCUUCGGCCUGCGCGGCCCGCCGGCGGACAAGGCCACCCCGCAGGCCGACGCCUACCAGAAGUCUCUCAUCUACGCCUACGGCAUCCGGAACCUGGGCGUCGGCCUCGGGUCGAUGGGCCUGUUCGCCUUUGGCCAGUUCCACCCCUUGUGCCGCUCGAACCCGGUGGCGGCGGCGGUGGCCAGGAAAGCCCUCGGGCUGACGCUGCUGACGGGGACGGUCGUGGGGCUGCUGGACGCGUGGUUGAUGCGGCAGUAUGCGCAGGACCUGAGCGUUGUCGGGGAGGCCAAGGAGGAGGCCAAGAAGGCAUCGACCAGCCACGCCAUGACGGCGGUUGUGAUAUUCGCGACGGGGCUGUUCUUGUACUUGUAA